AGUAAUAUAGGCUCUGUUACAAAGGGACCUUACUGUCUGGGACCUGCUAGCUCCAGUACUGCCACAAUGCAGGAUUCCAGAGACAGGGUCUCUCUAUGUUGCCCAGGGUGGUCUCCAAGGCCUGGGGGCCUCAAGCGAUCUUCCCACCUCAGCCUCCCAAAAUGCUGGAAUUACAGGCACUGACUCACUGGCCCUGCCAUGCCCACACCACUGCUCCCGCUGCUGCUUCGAUUGCUGCUGUCCCGCCUGCUGCUGCCUGCUGCCCGCCUGGCCUGCCAAUACCUCCUGCCCCUGCUGCGCCGAUUGGCCCGCCGCCUGGGCUCCCAGGACAUGCGAGAGGCUUUGCUGGGCUGUCUGCUGUUCAUUCUCAGCCAGCGACACUCGCCAGACGCUGGGGAGGCCUCAAGAGUGGACCGCCUGGAGAGGAGGGAGAGGUUAGGCCCCCAAAAGUGAGGCCACAAGUCCUGGCAGCAGCUGUAUCCACAAAAUGCUUUCUUUUGGAGUAGGAUAAUCCUGGCACCAGCACUGACCGAAGCCUGCCCAUUGGACAGAAGAUACAGUGAGGGUUGUGCAUGAGAGGGAUCUGCCACAGACCUGCCUCUCCACUCCCAACAGAAAUGUCUUUCUGGAAGAAUGCCUUGCAUCUAGCACAAAACUGAUUAUUGCCCCUCUGUCCUCCAGCAGUUCCUCCCAAGCCCACUCCUAAUCACCUCUGGCCUCAGGUGGGAGGGGAACUAACACCCACCCACCCCUGCCCUCCCUGCAAAUGGGAACAUCAAGGUUCCUAGUGCUUAACUGAGGGACAAGUGACAAUUUAGCAGAGAGGCAAGAUUUGAAUCCAGACUGUCUUCCAGACUCAGGACCUACCUUAAAAUAAUAUCUGAGUUGCCUAUGGAGGCAGACCUGCCUGCAAAGCCCAGCACUCAGCAAGUGCUCAAUAAAUAUUUGAUUUGAAUUCUUUCCAUG